GCUGUUACCUUUCAUUUGCCAGUUGGGAAGUUAUGUUUGCCAGUUUAUCACUUCUGUCCUCCAUUACAUUUCUAUUUCCACACUCUAACUCUAUAUAUAAUAUAUCCAUCUAAGUAAUAUAUAUAAUUCAUCUGAAAUCCCACUGGACGAGUCUUUAACUAUAAAUACACCGAGAGUGAUCACUUAGCUUCCCUAUUCAUUUUUCUGCAUCUUGUGCAGUCUGAAUAUAUCAUAAUUGUACGUAUACAAAAAUACGUAUACAGAUCGAUCAUAGUACGUAUUAAGCAAGUAUUGUACAAGAAUUAGCAAAGUUGAAAGAUGCAGAAUUACGAGGUAGUAAAGGAGUUGGGAUCUGGGAAUUUUGGGGUGGCUAGGCUCAUGCGCCACAAAGAAACCAAACAGCUUGUUGCCAUGAAAUACAUUGAGCGUGGUCGUAAGAUUGAUGAGAAUGUGGCAAGAGAAAUCAUAAAUCAUAGAUCACUCCGCCAUCCAAAUAUAAUUCGUUUUAAAGAGGUGGUUUUAACGCCAACCCACUUGGCCAUAGUAAUGGAGUAUGCAGCUGGUGGAGAGCUCUUUGAACGGAUCUGCCAAGCUGGUCGAUUUAGUGAAGCUGAGGCUCGGUACUUUUUUCAACAGUUGAUCUGUGGAGUCCACUACUGCCACAGCAUGCAAAUAUGCCACAGAGAUUUGAAGUUGGAAAAUACACUGUUAGAUGGAAACCCAGCACCUCGCCUUAAAAUUUGUGACUUUGGUUACUCCAAGUCAUCUGUGCUGCAUUCACGACCCAAAUCGACUGUUGGAACUCCAGCUUAUAUUGCACCAGAGGUUCUCUCUCGUCGAGAAUAUGAUGGCAAGUCGGCAGAUGUAUGGUCAUGUGGAGUGACUCUAUAUGUCAUGUUGGUGGGAGCAUAUCCUUUUGAAGAUCCAGAUGAUCCUAAGAAUUUCAGAAAAACUAUUUCAAAAAUCAUGGCUGGUCAAUACAAAAUCCCAGACUACGUGCACAUAUCUCAGGAUUGCAAGCACCUUCUUUCUCGAAUAUUUGUUGCCAGUCCUAUCAGGGUAAUGAUUCAUCUAAAUUAUGCAAAAUAAUCACUACAAUAUCCAUCAUGAAAUUUCAGACAUGAAAAGGCAAUUAACGAAAUCCUUUUCAUUAGAACAUAUAAACUAUAAUUUAAAAUAUAAAAAAAAUCUCGGGAAA